AUGUUUUUACUCCGCCGCUCGCUGGCGACGCGCCCCCUACGGCGUCUAGCCAGUCGCUCGCUGGCGACAACAGGGAACUACCAUGUCAUCCCUGACCCCGACUCUCAUGUUCCCGUGGAGGACUAUCGUGGAAUGACCGCGCAGGACAUUCUGAAAGAAACCGGCCAUACCAGCACGGACAACAAACUGCGUCAUUUUACUGUCAACUUUGGCCCCCAACAUCCCGCUGCCCAUGGCGUGCUUCGGAUGAUUUUAGAGCUCAAUGGCGAAGAAAUUCUUAGAGCGGACCCGCAUAUUGGCCUUCUUCAUCGUGGAACAGAAAAACUCAUCGAAUACAAGACCUAUAUUCAAGCAUUGCCGUAUUUCGACCGUCUCGACUACGUCUCGAUGAUGACAAAUGAGCUCUGCUACUCUCUUGCGGUUGAAAAGCUGCUCAACAUCGAAGUCCCCGCCCGUGCGAAAUGGAUACGAACGUUGUUUGGCGAGAUAACCCGAAUCCUGAACCAUCUCAUGGCUGUUCUCACCCACGCUAUGGACGUUGGCGCGCUGACACCGUUCCUCUGGGGCUUCGAAGAGCGCGAAAAGCUGAUGGAAUUUUAUGAGCGUGUUUCUGGCGCCCGACUGCAUAGCGCCUACGUUCGGCCGGGUGGUGUCGCAUUCGAUCUUCCCCAUGGCCUACUAAACGACAUCUUCAUGUGGGCAACGCAAUUUGGCUCCCGCAUCGACGAGAUUGAGGAAGUCGUCACUGCCAACCGAAUCUGGAAAGAGCGAACUGUCGGUGUUGGUGUUGUGACCGCUGAGGACGCUCGCGGUUACGGCUUCAGCGGUGUUAUGGUUCGUGGGAGCGGUAUCAAGUGGGAUUUGCGAAAGGUUCUGGGAUACGACGCCUAUGACGAGGUGGAAUUCGAUAUUCCCGUCGGUCAGAACGGCGACUGCUAUGACCGCUACCUCUGCCGCGUCCAAGAGAUGCGAGAAUCGCUCAACAUUAUUAGCCAGUGUCUCAACAAAAUGCCGGCUGGCGCCAUCAAGGUUGACGACCAUAAGUUGGUGCCCCCGCCACGUGCUUCGAUGAAGGAGAGCAUGGAAAGCUUGAUUCACCAUUUCAAGAUCUUCAGUGAAGGAUAUAGCGUCCCUCCCGGCGAAACCUACAGCGCCAUCGAGGCACCGAAAGGCGAGAUGGCAGUCUACCUUGUGUCCGACGGAUCCAACCGACCGUACCGCUGCGCCAUCCGAGCACCUGGCUUUGCUCAUCUGGCUGGCUCGGACUUCAUGAUGAGACACGUAUGA